GCCCCCCCCUCCACAGAACGGCAGCAGGGUGGAGCAGCAGCAGCAGCAGACAGACGGACAUCAGCUGCAGCAGAGCCCGGAGGUGAGACACUGAGCCUCGGAGGCUCUCAGGUGGCAGAAGCGGCAAACGUGGUAGAGGUGUUUUCCGCUCUCUGACCGUCUGUCUGACCACCCGGUUCACCGGUCCGCGUGCCGCCCCGCCGCCGCCCGUUAGCCUGUUAGCCUGCAGGCUAAGUGAGCUUCAGAGAGAGGAGGUGCAGGGAGGUGAACGUGUGCAUAGGAGUAAUGAUGGAUGGAGAAUCGGCCCCCCUCAGAGAUGGCCCCGGCCAGCAGGAGCAGCCGAUGAUGGGAGAAAAAUCAGCUGUGACGGAAACUGCUGACGAAACUGUGAAGGCCUCCAGGACAGCAGGAGGUGCUAGAGCAGCCAAGAUGAUCUCAGCCAAGAGUACAGAGUCAGUGGAUGGAGUCAGCAGUCCAGGAAGUCGUUCUCCUGCCAGCCGAUCCUCCACCCCAAAUAAAGAUGUCAAGAAGGUGGCGGUGGUCCGGACCCCUCCCAGGUCUCCUGGCUCUGCUCGUGGCAGGACACCCCCCCUACCCUCCCACCCCAUGCCCGACCUCAGCAACGUGAAGUCAAAGGUCGGAUCCACGGAGAACCUGAAACACACACCUGGAGGGGGAAAGGUUCAGAUUGUUAACAAGAAGCUGGAUCUCACUAAUGUGGUGUCAAAGUGUGGUUCCAAAGAUAACAUCCACUACAAACCAGGAGGAGGGAAGGUGGAGAUUAAAUCGGAGAAGGUGGGUUUUAAAGCCGUUCAGUCUAAAGUCGGUUCUCUGGAGAAUGUCACUCAUGUACCAGGAGGGGGGAAGAAGAAGAUUGAAAGUCAGAAACUGACCUUCAGAGAGCACGCCAAAGCUCGAACCGACCAUGGUGCUGACAUCAUUAUCCAGUCUGACUCCUCCCCUCAUCCCCUUAGCAACACUUCCUCCCCGGGAAGCCUUAACGCUGCUGAAGCUCCGCCCCUCGACACCCUGGCCGACCAGGUGUCAGCCUCCCUCGCCAAACAAGGCCUGUGAUUGGACGACCCCUGUGCCUGCAGACCUCGCCCUCUAAUGUUACCAAGGAAACUGCCUGAUGAAAGAGAAGAAAAAAACAUUCUACUUUUUUCCUCAUGAGCAUCUUCAUCACAGAAAGGAUUGGAGGGAUUUUAUGAAGUGAAAAAAGUGAAGCUUUAAACUUCAGUCAUCAUCACAGCUCAGUCUGGCAGGUGGAUCCAUGCAGGUGUUCAGUCAUCAUAGGAACACUAAGAUAGUUUGAUAAACGCACCUGUUCUCCUUUUCUUCGGAGUCAGAUGAGAAGAAUGGUAUCGGUUUCAUUCAUCCAGUACAUAAACAGAGCCAGGAUGUAAUUAGCCUACUGUUUGGGAUUAACCAGCUUGAAUGUAUCACUUCUUUCAGACCACAGUGUUCUGUGACGGUACAGCGACGGGGCUGGAUAAACAUCGAACCUCUUCUAGCCCUAUGCCGUCACUUUUGCAACAACUCAAAUCCAAUUCAAGACAAAUCAUUUCAAUUUAUCCUUUUGUAUCAAAUGGGUACACUAAAAAUGUUCAGCUUAUCCCAAGGAUUUUAUACCUUUAUUUGUGACGCUGCCGCACGCAGUGUUUAGAGAGGAGGCUAACACCAGACACAAUAAUCCUAUUGCACAGUGUACAGUCUAUUUUCAUUUAAGGCUUUACAUUGUUUAUUAUACGGUCAUUUAACUGCUCUACGCAAAAACGAAUAAGGCUUCUAAUAAUGCUCAAUUAAGCUGCUGGUGUAUAACAAAAAUCUGCCUCUCCCUCUGCCUCUCACAAGAAUGGUCAAACAGAAAAAUGCAACAAAGGAAAAAAAAAACCUUUACUCCCUUCAGAGUCAUAAGAUGCAUAAAAUUGCUUAACAAGCCAUUAUUCACUAUUUUUGCAUUAUGCACAUGGAGGUCAAAAGUUUUUGAUGCCGAUCACAACCUCAAUGUUCUGCCCAGUGGUGAUUAACACAGGAUGUGUUUCACACUAAGAGAUGCAUAGUGUAACCGUUAUAUAACUGGUCAUAGGUUAAACAAUUGUCCCUUUAGCAUUGUUUGAUUAUUGUCCUUUCACAAUUCAGUAGGGCUUCAAGGGAUUGAGCCUUGGCCACAUUUCAUCUAUCUGGAUCUCCUAACACUAGCUUAGCACAAAGACUGGAAAUGGGGGAACCUGUUUCCCCUGGUUGCAGUCUUAAUGCUCAACUAGGUUAACAGUAUCCCCUUGUUUCCAGUCUUUAUGCUAAGAUAGGUUAACAGUUUCACCUUUCUCGAAUCUUUAUGCUACGCUAGGCUAAGAGUUUCCCCCUGCUUACAAUCUUUAUGCUAAUCUAGGCACUGGAUCUAUCGUUAUGCUGGACCCACAAAAAUGAAACUUUUCAGGGCCUUGAGUAGGAGCCUUGAGGAGGUUUUAGGUCCUUUAAGAAAGUUAACAGUCCUUCAGAAAGUUCUGUUAAACUAUGAAGAAGUUCCAGGACUUACUGAAAAGUUCCAGAUAGGGCUGGGCAAUACAAACAACGCAACAGAACAUGUUUCUUCACCAAGAACACUUACCUGACAAUAAGUGACAUUACUUGACGAUAUGCUACCAACCAACUACAUCACAGAAACAAAGCUAUUCCUAACCAAUCAGAUGGCAGUCCUUUAGGAACAGCCCACCUACAGCGGGUCGGACCCAUCACCGAGAGACGAUGUCUCACUCUAUGGAAAGUUUAGGAAACAUCUCAACAGUAACAACCUGAAACACAAAAAGCUGCUAGGAUAAAAACCAGAUUAAAAAAAAAAAAAUGUCUGUGGAGACACGUUGGACACUUAUUUAUUUAUUUCAACUGAGUUUCUAUCUAAAAAUCAGACAGUUCAUGGUAAUUUUUCAGGUUCUUAUUAAAGACUCAGUUUCAGAGAAUCGAUGAGCUCAAUAGAAAUAUGACUUAAAUCACUUAAAUAUUUAAAAUCAAGUUGCAUAUCGAUAGCGACUGAUAUAAAAAUGUUAUUGUGAUAAAAUGUUUCGUUUUACUGCGCAGCCAUAGUUCCAGGGGUCCUUGAAAAAUAUGUAAGGGUUAGUGAGAUGGUUUGGGAAGUCCUUUUGGGUUAUAAACUCCUUCAAUAAAGAUAUAAGCAGUCCUGGAGGAAAUUAAACAGGUCCAUUGUCUCAUCUGACUCUGGAGAAAACAGCAAUUAUGCUAAUCAAUGCUAAUGAUAACUAGCCCGGAAUAGCCUGUUAGCUACCUUCAUAAAUCCCUCUGAUCACAGAAAGUCUCUAUCUCUGAUGUCACUUCUCUCAGCCAAUCAUCAUCUCUUCUGUGUUUCUGAAUGCCGACGUGCUGUAGGCCCCCGUGAUGACUUCCCCCUCCCCCACUAUCAUUAAAAAAAUACCCAGAAUGCAGUUUGAUACCAGGUGCCAAAACCAUACCAUCUCUCUGCCUGUCAGCUGUUAAAGUACUUUGUACCAAUAAAGUUUCUC